AGAUAUACAUUUUUAAUUCCGGAUGGAUGCUAUGUAGUGCUUUGUGCAUUGAUUGACCGACUUCUGUCGUUUGUGGCUAGUUUGUACCUCUCCACCAAGUUUCAGCAUGGAAAGUAUACAAUUUGGACAAGUCAUCAGAGAGAAAGAAUUCUGCAUGAGAAAAGGUGCGACUUUCCUUAAUCAUGGUUCAUAUGGAAUGGUGCCUCGACGCGUCAAGGAACUCCAGAAAAAGUAUUUGUACGUGACAGACGAACAUCCAGAUGACUGGUUCCAGAGAAAGAGCAAGGGGCUGUGGAUGGCGGCGAGGGACUUGGCUGCAUCACUCGUCAACUCAGACGUUGACGACAUUGUGCUGGUCCAAAAUGCAACUACGGGUAUCAACACAGUAUUAAAGGCACUCAAGCUGAAGGAAACUGAGGCAAUUCUGGUCACAAGCAACACAUAUGCAGCAAUAAGAAAUACAGCCCACCAUAUUUCCACGGGCGGUUGUGGAGGACAAUUACUUGUGAUGGAUAUCUGCUUCCCUAUCCAAUCAGAAGACGAAAUUGUACAACAAUACAACACUUUCCUCAGCCAGCACCCAAAUAUUAAAAUUGCUGUAGUUGAUCAUAUCACAAGCAUUACUGCACUACACCUUCCUAUUAAGAGGAUCAUUGAAGCAUGUCGGGACCAUAACGUUCUGACCAUGAUUGACGGUGCACAUGCACCGGGACAGGUUCCCAUUGACAUGAAGGAUAUUGAUCCAGAUUUUUAUACAGGAAAUUUCCACAAAUGGCUUUACACACCCCGUGGAUGCGCUUUACUGUAUAUUAAGAAGGACCACCAGACAUGGGUGUCUCCAUUAGUUACAUCAACCAAUUAUAGCAAAAGUCUGGAUCUACAGUUCUUCAUGCAAGGAACACGUGAUGACUGCCCAUAUUUCUGUUUACCAGAAGCUUUGAAAUUCUACAACGACAUCGGUGGAAUGGAUGCGAUCACACGUUACUGCUCCCAGUUACUGGACCAGGCUGCAAGUAAGAUGGUGGCGGAAUGGGGAACAGCUAAACUUCCGGUCCCCCGAAAGAUGGAGUCCCCAUAUAUGAGAAUGGUCAAACUACCGAAGUUGACCGGAUACAUCCCGUCUACAAGUGAAUCGGUUAGACUGAUGUCUGAAAUAUACAGCCGAUGGAACAUACAGACGGCAACACUGUACGUUGAUUGCAAUCUGUACGUGCGACUCUCUGCCAAUGUCUACAAUACGGCAGCUGACUACGACAAACUUCUGGAGGCCAUUACACAGAUGCGAGACACAUCUGAUUAUUCAUCACCUGUUGUAACGGAAUUCGGUCAUCCUAUCAGAGAGGCAGAAUUCUCACUGAGGAAAGGCUCUACCUUUCUUAACAAUGCUGCAAGAGGAAGUAUUCCAAGACGAGUUCGGGAAAUUCAUUUAAGAUACAUUGACGAAAUCGACGAUCACCCUGACGACUGGAUGAGAAGGAAGUUAAAAAACAUGUGGAUUGCAGCAAGAGACUGUGCAGCAAGGUUUAUCAAUGCUGAUCCUGAGGACUUCGUCUUUGUCCAGAAUGCAACAACAGGUUUUAACUCUGUCCUGAAGACCUUUCCGUUUACACAUGAGGAUGCCUUGAUGUUUACAAACAACUCAUUCGGAGCAGUACAGAACACAUGCCGCCAACUAUCAACCAAUCUAAAAGGUAUGAAAGCGCACACUAUGAAAAUAUCAUUUCCUAUCGAAAGUGAAGACGAUUUAGUUGAAGAGCAUCGCAAAUUCAUAAUGGAGCACCCAGAUAUAAAACUAGUCGUUGUAGAUCACAUAACAAGUCAGACUGCGCUGAAGUUUCCCGUACACAAGAUUGUCAAACUGUGUAAGGAUAUGAACGUAAUGGUACUUGUAGAUGGCGCCAACGCGCCUGGGCAGGUGGCUUUGGACAUGAAGAGUUUGGACCCGGAUUUUUACUGUGGGAACUUCCACAAGUGGGCGUUCACACCAAGAGGGUGUGGCUUCCUGUAUGUAAAGAAAUCUUAUCGCCAACUGGUCAGGCCAUUAGUGACGUCACACAACUACGAACAAGAUAUGACCAAUGAAUUUUUCAUGCAGGGAUACCGGGAUGAUACACCGUAUAUAACCGUACAACACGCCCUCCAGUUUUAUAAAGACAUCGGAGGAAUGGAAACGGUUAUGGAAUAUAACACUGCGUUACUGAAAGAAGCAGUCGACCUCAUUACCUCUAGCUGGGAAACGCACACAUUGCCUAUUCCAAAGUCAUUGGAGGCGCCAUGUGUUAGGAUGGUCAGACUACCGCAGCUCAAGGCCUAUGGAAACAAUUCGGAAGAUGCUGGCCGAUUGGUUAAUGAUCUGUAUGCCCAGUAUGACAUACAGACCCAGAUGUUCUGUGUACAAGGACAUUUGUAUAUACGAGUGUCAGCACAGGUGUACAAUGAGCUAAAUGACUACCAGAAACUGGUUACUGUCAUAAACAGACUCAGAAAGUAGCACAAGAGAUCUUUGUCACGGCUGAUGCAUGCAGGUUCUACAUUCCACAGACUAAUAGACUAUCAUUAAUUGCCCCAUUAUAAGAAAUGCUAUAUACCAGGCAUAUUAAUUAUGAUUUUGAUCCAACAUCAGUACCUUGUGUAGCUAUACCUGUUUAAACAUAACUUACACAAUCAACUCAAUAUAUUUUUUGUGCCUUUUUAAACAAAAUUUCAAGAUGAAAAAAGUCAACAGGAAGUCCUGUGUCUGAAUUUUAAAAUGCCACAACACAAGACUGAAACAUAUGAUGGAUGUAUGUAUAAAACAGAUCAUUAGAAUCUUUAAUUAUGACAAAUUCCACAAAUUAUUGCAAUAUUUUAAUCGGACACUUAAGAAUCAAUUUUGCUUCAAUCUUCAAAUUCCUCAUUUCCUCCUGAAAUGAAAUAGUUCAAAUACAUGUCAACUUUACCCUUUAAAGAGAGAUAAUUGACACACUAAAUGUGUCACUAACUUGGAUAUGAUCAAAGGACGGGUUUUAUCAUUGUAAUAAUGCUGUGAUCUUCUUAUCCAGCAUACUCUUUGUGUCUGCAUUUUGGACAGUUUGUAAAUUUUGGGUGACAUGCUUGAUGCUGUGCGUAAAGAGAGUCGUAAAUGCAUUCAUAUCCAGUUCACGUUUGACCAGUUCUAGAGAACACACCAUGUCGAGUUGAAGAACGUCCAAGGGAUCGAGAGUCUCCAUUGGCAUCCAAUAAGUUGCAUUGCACACAUGACAAAACACUUCUGUGAGCAGUAAUAGAUGUUCUGAUGCAGAUAGGGUGCUCUCCUUAACAAGGACAUACUCCUGUUGGACAUCAAUAAGAGUAAAUCUGACAUCACCGACAGUGUUACCUUUACUUAAGAGGAUAACUUAUCUAUUUAUCAUUUAAUAAAAGAUCAAAAGCCAACUUCUAACUAUAAAAUGUCUGUUUAAUAACAUUUCUUCAUAUUACAAUUUUACUGCAAAACCCCUCAUAACAGUGUUGUCAUAUACCAUAAGUGGUCAUUUAAUAAUGUUGUAUUCACAUUCUCUCGAUACCAUGCCUGGAACUUUUUAUUUUCUUGUUGACAAUAAAUUUUUACUAAGCAGAGACUGCACUUUUGGUUACCAUGACAACAAUAUGAGACAAUCAAUAUUAUCAUUGUUGUAACUGAUGCAGCAAAGGACAAGAUUUCGGGGAUAGUUACAGACAGAGUAACAAAUUAACAGACAAGGUGAU